AUGACCGUCUCACCGCCAGCGUCGCCGACGGGUCCCGCCCCGCGGCCCAUCAGCGCGCUGAUGCGCACGCCGCGCAGCAACAGUCGCAUGAGCAUGAGCAGUAGACAUGGCGGAAGUCGCGCCUCGGACGAGGAUGGCAAGACUGCUGUCAAAGUUGCUGUCCGAGUGCGACCACCUCUCAAGCCUACCGAUCCCGGAUACGAGUUGAUUCCCCAGCGAUUCCAACGAUCCAUGGUUCAUGUCACGAGCCCGACCAGCGUUGCGGUAGAUGUUCCCCAAGGUCGCAAGUUAUUUGUGUUCGAUCGCGUUUUCCCCGAGACGGUGGAGCAGGAUGGUAUUUGGGAAUAUUUGAACGACAGUGUCAACUCUUUCAUUCAGGGAUACAAUGUUUCCAUAUUGGCGUAUGGCCAAUCCGGCGCUGGAAAAUCAUAUACAAUGGGUACAUCAGGGGAACAGGAAAAUUCUGGUGCGAUGGGUAUCAUCCCUCGCGCUGCGCAGGCCUUGUUCGAGAAACUCGAUGGGCCAAAACACGCCCGCAAUGGCUCCAGCUCAACCGGCCUCCGAACCCCGCAACGAUACUCCAUGAGCUCAGCCUCUAGCUUUGGAAAGUCGACUGUGGAAAAGAACUGGCAAUUGAAGGCCACAUAUGUUGAGAUCUAUAACGAACACCUGCGUGACUUGCUUCUUCCCGACUCGGUCUCCGCAACUGAUCGCGGCUCUGUUACCAUUCGUGAGGACGCCAAGGGCCGAAUUCUUCUAACCGGCCUCCACCAGGUCAACAUCAAUUCGUUCGAAGACCUGAUUGGAGCUCUCACCUUUGGAUCGACCAUUCGUCAAACCGACUCGACCGCUAUCAACGCCAAAUCUUCGCGUUCGCAUGCCGUCUUUAGUUUGAAUCUCGUCCAGCGCAAGACUGCUACUCAAACGAUGUCCCCCAAGGAAAAGCGCAUGUCCAUGCCAGUGGAUUCUUUCUCUGGUGGUGAGUCUGUUACUGUGGACAGCAAGCUUCACUUUGUGGAUUUGGCGGGUAGUGAACGUCUCAAGAAUACCGGUGCUUCAGGUGAACGUGCCAAGGAGGGUAUCUCUAUCAAUGCUGGUCUUGCUGCCCUUGGCAAGGUCAUUUCGCAACUUUCCUCUCGUCAACCAGGCUCCCACGUCUCCUACCGUGACUCAAAACUCACCCGUCUUCUGCAAGAUUCCCUGGGUGGGAAUGCAAUUACUUAUAUGAUUGCCUGUGUCACUCCUGCAGAAUUCCACUUGAGCGAGACCCUCAACACCAUUCAGUAUGCGCAACGAGCACGAGCAAUUCAGAGCAAGCCGCGGAUCCAACAUGUUGCCGAUGAGGGCGACAAGCAGGCUUUGAUCGAUCGCUUGAAGGCAGAGGUUGCUUUCCUCCGUCAGCAGAUUCGCAACUCUGAGGGCUCUGAACGCAGGGAAGCAGCAUCAACGGAACGUAAUGAGCGCAAGAACGAACGUGAAAUCCAGCUGCAGAACCAGCUGCUUGAUGCCCAGGAGAGCUACAACGCCCUCAGCCAGCGCCACACCAAGCUGAUUUCACAACUGGCCAAUGAGUCGACCACCAAUGGAGAGGCCGACGGACACCCAGAUGACUUGGGCAAGAGCUCCAUUGAGCGAAUCCAGCGGUCCAAAUCGUUCGCCGAAUCCGUGGAGCAGGUCGUGGUCGAGUACGAAAAGACCAUUCAGGCCUUGGAAUCGUCUUUGUCUGAGACACGUUCCUCCCUGGCUACCACGGAGAGCACCCUUCUGGAGCGCGAGUCCAAGUGCACCUAUGUCGAGACAGUGAACUCGCAGCUCCAGUCCCGUUUGCAGAAACUGCUGGACCGUGAGGCCAGCACCGAGACUUAUCUCCACGAGUUGGAAUCUAAGCUAGACGGUGCGUCCACUGGCGAGGAGAAGCAUGCUACUAUCGUGGCCGAGUUGCGGAAGGAGCUCAGCCGUGCUCGUGAGAACGAGGCCGGCUGCGAGGAGUACAUCUCUACCUUAGAAGAUCGUCUUGCCGAGUCUGAUCAGGAUAUGGAGCUGAUGCAGCGCGAGAUGAUUCGCCUGGAGCAUGUUAUCCAGCGCCAACGAGGCCUGGGGGCCCUUGACAACCUGCUCCACGAUCUCGAUACUCGUCACCAGCAGCAGAACGGCGAUGACCAGCCGCGCACCAACGGCACCGACGUUCCCCACAUCCCCGUUCCGGUAAAGACGUCCCACCACAAGCACACCCCGUCUUUGGACGUUCUGAACGAGGCUGCGGAAACCGCGAUUCCCGAGUCUGACGAGGGACUGACCGAGCCUAUUCUCGAAGAGGAGGAGGAAGAGUCUGUCGAGGAGUUCGAAGAGGCCACCGAGGAACCCGGCGAGGAUCUGAAGGUGCUUGAGAACGUAACUAGCCAGCUCCAGGCCCGCCGCGCUGAAGCUGUCUGUGAAGAGCCAGUUGCCAGCCCCGCUCAGUCCAAAUUUGUCGUUGACAAGCUUGAGACCGUUACCCAGGAGCUUUUCGAGCUUCGUCUCAGCCACGAGAACACUCUGAGUGACUACGAGAUGCUCGAGGCCAAGUACGAGCAGGCCCUGAAGGCGCUCGCUGAAAUUCAGCAAGACAAGAUGGAUGAAGCUCGUCAUCCAGCCCCUCUAGCUCAAAACGAACCCUCUCGUCCCGUGUCUUUUUUAGAAGAUACGACCGCUCCGACCUUGAAGUCUGGAGCACAACACUCAUUCUCGCAAUCACUCUCCUCGGAAUUGUCCUCGGCCGGGGAGUCGCCUGCUUUGCGCGAGCUUUCUGAAGAGCCUAGGGAUGGCGGUGUCUGCACGCCCGCCACUCCUAUCGUCCCUUCUGUCCUUUCUCCUGCUGAUGCCGAAGAGGCUGAGAAGAUGCGCCAUGUGCUUGCUGAGCACCAGGCCGAUGCUGAUCGGAUGACCCAGAAGUAUGCCGAGCUGCAGACUGAGCACGAGGAGAUUCUCGCCCUUGUUGAGAAGUUGAAGGCUGAGGCUGAGGCCCAGCGCCACAAGCCCAGCCCACCUUCCACCCCUGGUUUCAAGAUGAUCCGCCGCAUGACUAGUCAAAAUCUUCUUUCCGGCGUUGACCGUGCUCACCGAUCUCUCACCGCGCUGCGCACAAUCGCCACCGAAGAGCUCUCCAGUAAGCCUGACGUCUACCAACACUUUGAGGCCAACCUCGAUGCCACCAUGCACGAACUUUCUUCUCGCAUGGAGCGUCUGCAGUCCCUUGAAGCUGAGAACCAGAGCGUCAAAAAGGAGAUGGAGAUGAAGGCCACUAUCAUCUCUGGUCUCACCCGCGAGCGAUCCAGUUUGUCGGGUGCCUCUUCUGUCGACAUGGCACUUGUUACCCAACUCCGUGAUCAAGUCGUCAACCAGGAGAACCAGAUUCAGGAACUCCGUGAAGCCCACGAGGCGCGUGAGAAGCAGCUGUUGGCCGAGAUUGAGAACCUCAACGCCCUGUUGAAGAGCCAAGAAGUCGCGGCCAAGGCCUUGGAUGCUGGCGCCGAGGAGCAGGACAAGAAGAUCGAUGCUCUGGAGGGUGAAUUGUCGGAGUGGAAGGGCAAGCACCAGAGUGCGCUGCAGUCUCUGCAGGCCUCGGAGCAGCAGCUUGCCACUACCCUGGCUGAGCUGGAGUCUUCUCUCGUCGCGGUCGAGGCGAUGCGUUCGGAGCGCUCUCGUUCCGUUGAUGAAUCUCCUGAUAAGGAGGCUGCCGCACAGGCGUCUGAGGCUGAGCGUGCGCAGCAGCAAGAGCUGGUGGAUAGCCUUAAGAAGGAUAUCGAGCAGCACAAGACCACUAUCUCCACCCAUGUCGAUACGAUCACCACCUUGGAGAAGUCCCACGCCGAUCUCCAGGAGCAAAUGCUUGCACAGUCUUCUGCUACCGAUAUCAACAGCGCACCCGUUGAUAUGACCCGCAUCGCCGAUCUCGAGCGGGAGAUUGCCACUCACAGGUCCGCCCUCGACUCCCACAAGGGUGACUUGGAAUCGCUCCAGGAAUCUCACAAGCGUGAGCUUGCCGAGCUUGAGGAACGGACCAAGUCUGCAGUUCAAGCCGAACAAGAUUCUCGUCUCGCCGAUAAGGACGCCGAGCACGACAAGGCGAUGGCUGCUCUGCAGAAGGAUAUUGCCGAUUCCCGCGAUGAGCUUGUACACUUGCUCAAGGCUGUCUCGUCGCUCCUCAACUCCGAUGUCACCAGUGCAACUCUCACGGACCAGAUUCAAGAUGUUUUGGCUCAGAAGCAGCACUUCUCUGAGAAGUACGCUGAACUUAUGGACACCAAUGAGGAUCUGCGUAAGCAGCUUGAGGCUGCUGGUGACAUUGAAGAAUUGAACAAGAAGAAUGCCACCCAGGAGGCCAAGGUUAAUGAGCUGGCUCUCUUGGUUGCCACCCUGGAGGACACUCUUCGCCAGAAGGAUGAGCAGGUCAAAAAGAAGGAGGCUCUCGUUGAGGAAAUCACCGUGGAGAAGCAGAAGAGCGUGCGCCUGGUUGAGGAGCUCGAGGAGCAAAUCACCAACAGCUUCGACCAGCACCACAACCGUCUCUCUGUCAUCCAGCAAGAGCGUGACCAGGCUCUUGAGGAUGCCAAGGCUAGAAUCGUCAUUCUCGAGAGAGAUAUCGAGACCUACCGCGUGCGUAUCGAGCAGCUCGAGCUUCAAGUCAAGAACGGAACUUCCGACGGUUCCCAUGACCGCAGCAGCUCCCUCACUUCUAACCUCCGCAAGAGCUCAUCAGCAGCUUCGUUGCCUUCACCUCCCCCCGCCAUUCCUCUUCCUCCUCUUCCCACUAUCGCUUCUGCCGCUAACGGCAGUGGUAGUGUGUCCCCGCCAAGCUCUCGUCAUGCUAGCAAGGAGAUUGUCAACGCACAAAUCGUCGAGGACCAGGAAGCCCGCAUUCGUACAAUUGAGAAGCACCUAUAUGCUGAGAAGCAGCUGACAGCCACCCUCGAGGAAGCCCUCGGCGACCUCGAGUCCCAAAGCACCAAGCUCAAGAAUGACUGCGAGAACUGGAAGAAGAAGGCCUGGGGUCUUGAAGACGAGCUCUCCACUCUCCGCAAGGAGCGCAACUCCGCCCGUCUGUCUCUCCAGGCUGUCGAGGAGGAGCGCAGUGCUCGUAAGGAAGCCGAGGCUGCUCGGGCUCAGCUUGAGGAGCGCAUGAAUGCGCUCAACAAGAAAAAGAAGAAGAGCACUCUCAACUGCUUCUAA